AUGAUGAAAAAUCUGUCCAUUGUCACUAAGAAUUUUUUAGAAGACAAUCCCAACUUGUUGCUAACAAGGGCGGAUAAAGGAAACGUAACGGUAGCACUCGAUAGGGAUAAAUACAUAACCAAGAUGGAGGAAUUACUGGGUGAUAAAGAAACAUACAAAGUAGUUACUAAAGAUCCCACUAGAAAAUUAACAACGCGGGCUCGGGAACUUUUAACGAGAUGGAAGAAAUCAGAUUUCAUAUCAGAGUCUCUUUAUAGAUUUCUGUACUGUAGUGAUGGGACAUUACCGAGAGCAUACGGACUACCCAAGAUACAUAAAAAGAAUUGUCCUUUCAGAAUAAUUGUUUCGUCAAUAGAUAGUCCUUUAUACAAUUUAGCUUCAUUUCUCCACAAGAUUAUGUAUAGUAGCUUCCCAAAAGGAAAGAGUCACAUUGCGAACAGUGUAGAAUUAGUUAAAAAACUUUCCAACGUUCAUAUCAUGGAGGAUCACACACUUGUAUCACUUGAUGUGGUUUCCCUUUUUACUAAUGUUCCUAUCGAAAGGGUUAUCGACAGUAUUUCAUCGAGAUGGAAAUACAUUGCCGACAAUUGCAAGAUCCCGGAAUCGGAGUUUCUUCUGGCUGUCAGAAUGGUAUUAGAAUCAACCUUCUUUAUGUUUAAUGGCGUAAUAUACCAACAGACUUUCGGAUCACCCAUGGGCUCCCCGUUGUCUCCCAUAGGGGCGGACAUAGUGAUGCAGGAUCUUGAGGAAAGGGCACUUGAGUUGUUGAGUUUCACUCCACCUUUCUAUGAGAGAUAUGUGGAUGAUAUUGCAAUGGCAAUACCUUCUACUGAAUGCACUCACACUUUAGAGGUAUUCAAUUCUUUUCACCCGAGAUUGCAAUUUACCAUGGAGGUGGGUGUGGAUGGCAGGUUGAAUUUUUUAGAGAUAACGAUGAUCCGGACUGAAAAUCGUUUGCAAUUCGAUUGGUUCCACAAAUCUACCUUCUCCGGGAGAUAUCUAAAUUUUUUGUCCCAGCAUCCCCAUUGCCAGAAGAAAGGAACAGUCAUUUGUUUAAUAGAUCGAGUAUUCAAGCUGUCGCAUCCUAAAUUUCACGAAAAAAACCUUAAAUUAGUGAUUCAUAUUUUGUUACAAAAUUGCUACCCGUUAGAAUUUAUUUUUAAGGUAAUGCAGGAACGAUUGAAAUUUCUUUUUUCUAAUAGCGGCAAUACUGACGACGAGAACUCGAUAGAUAGGGUUCCUUAUUUCACGAUACCCUAUGUCCCUCAGUUGACUGAAAAAUAUAAGAAUUUAACUAAAGAUCUAAAUGUAAAGCUCUCGUACUUCAGUUUAAAUAAACUGAAUAGAUAUAUCAGGGUACACAAAGAUACUCUCCCGAGUACAUCACAUAGGAAAGUUGUGUAUAAGAUUGACUGUGGGGAUUGUGAGGCGUCUUAUGUUGGUCAGACGGGGAGACAAUUACUAACGAGAAUCAAGGAACAUGAUUCGCAUAUUAGAAGGAAUUGUACGGGACAUUCAGUCAUAACGGAUCACAGAUUAGAACAUAAACAUGAGUUUAAGUGGAAUGAUGUUAAAAUAUUAGACCAAGAACCGUCGCUAAGCAAACGCUUGAUUUCCGAAAUGAUUUACAUCAAAAGACAAAAAGAUGGCCUUAAUUUGCAGACGGAUACGGAAAAUUUACCGGAAACAUAUGUUAAUGUUAUCGAAGGACUUGCGAAGAUUUGA